AUGCUUGUCGAGCGGACGAGAGCGAGCUGUUGCAAGCGCAUAUUGAGCAAGCAGAGCGCGAUUUACUUCUGUCUCAUGCGACGUUCUGGAAGAACUAAGAAAGCAAAGCAAUCUGUUAAGACAGCUGCAAAGCCUGCGAAGAGUGAGCAGCCCGCAACUAAGACUCCUCAGUACUUUCGUUUCCUCGAUCUUUCUCCCGAGUUACGAAACAGGGUAUACGAUUACGCCAACGAAGAUGACUCAAGGAAUUAUGCCCUACGGCCCAGGCCUAUCCUCCCAAACUCGCCUCGCAAGUCUCACUCGGAGCGUCCCUGGAAGUUCUUUGCCUUGACCCAGAUCACAAACUCGGUUGUGCGCAAAGUUCACGUUCACAAAGACCCACCGAAGGACGAACACGAGCCAAUCGCCUAA